CACUCUCCAUCUCUAGUCUCUACACUAUAAAUUAUCCUCACACCACACCAACACCCCUUCACUCCACUCUCCACUCUCCACUCCUCAAUGGCACCAUUUCCCUGCUUCCACGCCUUCGUGUUGCUCUUCUUCAUUUGGACACUCGCUGCUUCUUUGGACCUAGAGAAGAGAAGCACGUUCAUAAUCCAAGUCCACCGCGACGCCAAACCCUCCGUAUUCCAAACGCACAAGCACUGGUACCAAUCCUCCCUCUCUUCUAUUUCCACCACCGCUUCCAUAAUCCACACAUACGACACCGUUUUCCACGGCUUCUCCGCCAAGCUAACCACUUCAGAGGCGCACAGAGUGGAAACACUCAGCCACGUCAUCGCCCUCAUUCCCGAGCAAGUUCGCAAGCCGCACACCACGCGCUCGCCGCAGUUCCUCGGCCUCACCACCGCCGACCGAACCGGUUUGCUCCACGAGACCGAUUUCGGCUCCGAUCUCGUCAUCGGAGUUAUCGACACCGGAAUCUGCCCGGAGAGGCAGAGCUUCAACGACCGCGACCUCGGCCCCGUUCCGCCCAAAUGGAAGGGCCAGUGCGUCGCCGGGGACAAUUUUCCGGCCACCUCCUGCAACCGGAAACUCAUCGGAGCCAGAUACUUCUUCGCCGGCUACGAGGCCACCAACGGCAAGAUGAACGAAACCACGGAGGUUCGCUCUCCGCGUGACACCGACGGCCACGGCACUCACACGGCGUCCAUUGCCGCCGGCCGCUACGUCUCGCCGGCGUCCACGCUCGGCUACGCCAAGGGCGUCGCCGCCGGGAUGGCGCCCAAGGCGCGCCUCGCCGUGUACAAGGUAUGCUGGAGCAGCGGCUGCUUCGACUCCGACAUCCUCGCCGCGUUUGACGCCGCCGUCGCAGACGGCGUCGACGUGGCGUCAUUGAGCGUCGGCGGCGUGGUGGUUCCCUACCACCUUGAUGUGAUUGCUAUUGGCGCCUUCGGCGCCGCCUCUAACGGCGUUUUUGUCUCCUCCUCCGCCGGAAACGGCGGCCCCGGCGGGCUUACGGUGACCAAUGUGGCGCCGUGGGUGACCACUGUCGGCGCCGGGACCAUGGAUAGGGAUUUUCCUGCGGAUGUUAAGCUUGGAAAUGGUAAAAUUGUACCUGGGGUUGGUAUCUACGAUGGACCGGGUUUAACUCCGGGUCGAAUGUACCCGGUAGUGUAUGCUGGUGUAGAACAAUUUGGUGGUGGUGAUGGUUAUUCAUCUUCACUUUGUUUAGAAGGUUCCUUGGAUCCCAAGUUUGUUAAGGGGAAAAUUGUUGUGUGUGAUAGAGGCAUUAAUUCAAGGACUGCGAAGGGUGCGGAGGUGAAAAAAAAUGGAGGGGUUGGCAUGAUUUUGGCCAAUGGUGUGUUUGAUGGUGAAGGAUUGGUGGCUGAUUGCCACGUGUUGCCCGCCACUUCGGUCGGUGCCACCAGCGGCGACGAAAUCCGGAGGUACAUUGGGAGUUCGCGGUCGCCAGCGACUGCUACAAUUGUGUUCAAAGGGACUAGGCUUGGUGUAAGGCCAGCUCCUGUGGUGGCAUCAUUUUCAGCAAGAGGGCCUAACCCUGUUUCCCCUGAGAUUUUGAAGCCUGAUGUUAUUGCCCCAGGGUUGAACAUUCUUGCAGCUUGGCCUGACCAUGUUGGGCCUUCUGGUCUUCCCUCUGAUGGGCGCAGGACUGAGUUCAACAUUCUCUCUGGGACUUCCAUGGCUUGCCCUCAUGUUUCUGGUUUGGCUGCUUUGUUAAAAGCAGCACACCCUGAUUGGAGUCCUGCUGCUAUUAGGUCUGCUUUGAUGACCACUGCUUACACUGUUGACAAUAGGGGUCACCCCAUGUUGGAUGAGUCCACUGGGAACGUUUCCUCAGUGUUUGAUUAUGGUGCUGGCCAUGUUCAUCCUGAGAAGGCCAUGAACCCCGGAUUGGUUUAUGAUAUCUCCACUUCUGAUUAUGUGAAUUUCUUGUGCAAUUCCAAUUAUACCACUAAGACCAUCCAUGUGAUCACUAGGAAAAAUGCUGAUUGCAGUGGGGCUAAGAGAGCUGGACAUUCUGGGAACCUGAAUUACCCUUCUUUGUCUGCAGUGUUUCAGCAAUAUGGAAAGAGGAGAAUGUCUACUCACUUUAUUAGGACUGUGACCAAUGUUGGGGACCCAAAUUCAGUGUACAAGGUCACCAUUAAUCCACCAGGGGGAAUGGUGGUCACAGUGAAGCCAGAGACUCUGACUUUCAAGAGGGUGGGGCAGAAGUUGAGCUUUCUUGUUAGGGUACAAACUAGGGCGGUUAAGCUUUCCCCUGGAGGUUCUAGUGUCAAGAGUGGUUCCAUUGUUUGGUCUGAUGGGAAGCAUAUUGUCACAAGUCCCCUGGUUGUGACAAUGCAGCAACCUCUGGAGUAGUGUUUGAGGUUUUGGGUGUAGAAAAUUUUGGGGGGUUUUAUCUAUCUUGGAUAUCUUGUUAAAAGUUAGCUCUAUACGCUUAAUAGAGUGUUUUCAUGAAGGUGUUUCAUCUGUAAGAACUGCUAGAAGGAUGGUUUGUUAGCAAGAGCGUGAAGGUACUGCCAAAAAUGGGGAAAUUCUCAACAACAAAAAAAAGUAUGGUGAAAGUAUAUCUUUCAUGUUGUAUAAUUAAGAAUGUUUGUAGAUUAUGUUGUGUUUAGAAGAGGAUAAGUAUAUUAUUGGAAGGAUCCUUUCCUUUUCGAGUGA